AUGUCAAACAUUUUUUAUGCUGAUGAGUCUUAUGCUGCCGGAGACGGCGGCCGGAGGAGUAGAUUCUGCCAGUUGCAGGGAGAGCUGGAUAUGGAUAGAGGGGAGGAACACAGAGAGCUAGGAGGAAGCGCCAACCACCGUCGGCGCCGCCGUAGCUUGAAAGAGUUGAAGGGGACGUGGUGGGGAUUCGAGUGGAGUGGGGGGGGGGGAGGGGCGUGGUUGUCCGUAGUGGAUCUGAACUACAUAGAAGGAGCAAUUCUGGAUGCCAGUAAGGGGGUUGUGUUAAUUAGAGAUAUUAACCAAAACAUAGGGGAGGAGGAUAAAUGGGGAGGAGGUUGUGGGGAAACCAGGGGUAGGGAAUGGCUAAAACAUAUGUUGAGGAGAUUGGGUCUGAGGGAGGUAAGGAGUCAGGGUGUUUGGUGUUCAUGGUCCAUUGGGAGAGAAGGAGCGGGGGAGGUAAGAGAAAGGCUGGAUAGGGAUUUUGCGAAUGAGGCCUGGGAAGGAAUAUACCCUCGGGCAAUUCUGAAUAAUCUAUCUAUUAUGAGAUCAGACCACGGCCCACUCCUUCUAGAUAUGUACCCAAAUCAAAGUAGGGGCGUCAGGUUGCGGCAGUUUGAGGCCUUUUGGGUCAGAUAUGAGGCGGCUAGACUGAUUGUCAAGAGGUGUUGGCGGGAAAAUGGUGACAAUACAGUGUUAGGCCUCAAUAGGAAAUCAAACUCUGUGUUUCGACACCUAUGGAACUGGCACAGUCAAUCGGUGGGAGCGCCAGACAGGCGAAUCAUUCAGCUAAUGAAAGAGAUGGGCAGCAGGACAAUGUGCUUCUAG